GCUGAGCUGUGCACGGGGAGCCUCCUGACACAGCCCAGCAGCUGCCUGAGGCCCGGGGCUGACAUUUCCAGGCUCUCAGAUGUGCCAGGAUUUCGGGGGCCCUGGCGAAUCCCCCGCCGCGCUCGGCCGGGAGCGCCGGUGCCGAGCGAGAUGGACGAGAGCAAACCCCUGAAGGUGCGGCUGACGUUCUCCGUGAUCCUGGUGGGCAUCUCGCUGCUCUUUGCCGCCGUGGUCACCGACCACUGGGCCGUGCUCAGCCCCAGCCUGGAGGAAAACACCACCAGCUGCGAGGCGGCGCAUUUCGGGCUCUGGAGACUCUGCACCAAGCGGAUUUUCAUGCAGGAGCCGAGUCCCAAAGAGAAGAGCUGUGGGCCCAUCAGCCUGCCAGGAGACCACAACUGCUCCUACUUCAAGCACUUCACUCCAGGAGAGACCUCGGAGAUAUUUGAAGUAACCACCCAGAAAGAAUACAGCAUCUCAGCUGCAGCCAUUGCCAUCUUCAGCGUUGGCUUUGCCAUCAUGGGGACGAUCUGUGUGCUCCUGUCCUUCAGGAAGAAGAGGGAUUAUCUGCUGAAGCCAGCAUCCAUGUUCUACACCUUUGCAGGUCUCUGCAUCAUCAUCUCUGUAGAAGUCAUGAGACAAUCCGUGAAGAGGAUGAUUGACAGCAAGGAGACAGCCUGGAUCAAGUACAGCUACUCCUGGUCCUUCGCCUGCGCCUGCUCCGCCUUCGUGCUGCUCUUCGUCUGCGGCAUCGCGCUCCUCCUCAUCGCGCUGCCCCGCUUCCCCCAGAACCCCUGGGAGACCUGCAUGGAUGCAGAACCCGAGCACUGAUGGUCCCUGCACCCAUGAAAAAGAUCCAGAAAGUGUUCUGAAAAUAUUUGUAUUUUUUAAAAUGCCUGGGUCUCACUACACAAUGUGCUCUCCACCAAGUGAGUCAUUACUGAACCCAGGCAUGUUCGAUUGCAAUUGUUGCUUUUUUCUUCUUUUCCUCUCUUUUUUUUUUCUUUCUUUUUUCUCUCUUUUUUGAUUCUGUUUUUUCUUUUUCUUUUUUUAAGAAAGCAGACCACUUAACACCAUCAUGGGUGUGUGAGAAUGGCACUGCUCUGUGCCAGUUUGGGGCUGCCCUGUGCUGAUGCAGUUGAGGGGAAGUGUGUGUCUGAGACAGCUUGGGCCACAGAGGAGACAGCUUUGUUAUGGAGAUGUUUGGUGUAGCUGGGCAUAGAUCCAUGAGGGAUAUCAGGUUUUUAUACCUUACUUGGUCAGGGAGACACUCUGUGGGGAGUUAAUAUCCCCAUUUAUGCCACUCUCCUUCCCUCAGAAGGGUUAGCUUGUUCCCCCAGGGUAAGUUGGAGAUCCUUAUGCUUUCUAUUAAAAUGUUAACAUUUGAUAAAAAACAAAACAGAACUUUGCAUAGCAUUGGGAUAAAAAUCUCCCCUCCAAAUUUACACCCUGCAGUUCCAUUCUUUUAAAUCAACCGUAAAACCCACAAAAGAGUCCUGUGUUCUGCUUAAACUUCAGUGGCAAAGCCAAGAAGUACUGAACAUGAAGAGUGAUAUUUUCCUUUAAUAAAAAGCAUAAUCUUCUGGUAGCAUGAUUUUCUGGGAAAUUAUUUUGAUGGAUGAAUCACUUGGCCCAUCAUUUUCUGCCAGGUCUGGGUGCUGUUUGCUGCACGGAGCUCUCGUUCCUUCCCCGUGAAUGAGCUUUGUAGAAACACCCUGAU